GCUCAGUCUGGGGGGGAAGGAGGGGUUUCAGCACAGGAACAAUGGCUGAGGAUUACAGAGACCUGGCUGCUGGGCCUAAUUCAUGUCAUUGACUCUCUGCCCUUCACAAACAGGCUGGAAACCAUGGAUCGGAUGAAAAAAAUCAAGAGGCAACUGUCCAUGACCCUUCGGGGAGGACGAACAACGGAGAAAGGCCCUGGGGACCACUCCGAACCUAUUGCAUUGGAGGAGAACAGCAGCAGUGAUAACGAGCCCAUCGUCAGAAAUGGGAGAAGCCUUUCGUCCCACAGCAUGCAAUCCUUCCUGCACCACUACACAGCCAGCUCCUUUCAAAAGCCGCCCAUUCCCAGACCUCACAGCGCCGUCUGCAGGAGUCUGAGCUCUUACCUGAACAGGAGCAGCAGACUAGAGAUUGUGCAUGAAGAUUUGAAGAUGGGCUCAGACGGGGAGAGUGACCAGGCCUCGGGCUCCUCUGACGAGGUCCAGUCCCCUGUGCGCGUGCGAAUGAGGAACAACGCCGCUCGCAAAAUAUCCACGGAGGAUAUUAAUAAGCGCCUAUCCCUCCCUGCGGAUAUUCGCCUCCCAGAGGGAUACCUGGAAAAGCUGGCUCUUAGCAGCCCCCCAUUUGACAAACCUCUCAGCAGACGUCUUAGACGCGUUUCUCUGUCGGAAAUCGGUUUUGGGAAACUGGAGACUUACGUCAAGUUGGAUAAACUGGGAGAGGGAACCUAUGCCACAGUAUACAAGGGCCGCAGCAAACUGACCGAGAACUUGGUUGCUCUUAAAGAAAUUCGCCUGGAACAUGAAGAGGGGGCUCCGUGUACAGCCAUUAGAGAAGUUUCUCUUCUGAAAGAUUUAAAGCACGCAAAUAUUGUUACUCUCCAUGACAUCAUCCACACGGAAAGGACACUCACGCUUGUCUUUGAAUAUUUGGAUAAGGAUUUGAAGCAGUAUCUGGAUGAUUGUGGAAAUCUAAUAAAUAUCCAUAAUGUAAAGAUCUUCCUUUUUCAGCUGCUUCGGGGGCUAGCCUACUGUCACCGACGCAAGGUGCUGCACAGAGACCUGAAACCGCAGAACUUGUUAAUAAAUGAGAAAGGAGAACUCAAACUAGCUGACUUUGGAUUAGCUCGAGCAAAGUCCAUCCCCACCAAGACUUACUCCAACGAGGUGGUUACCUUGUGGUAUCGACCCCCAGAUAUCCUGCUAGGGUCUACAGAAUAUUCCACGCAGAUCGAUAUGUGGGGCGUUGGUUGUAUAUUCUAUGAGAUGGUUACAGGGCGUCCGCUCUUUCCAGGAUCUACGGUUGAGGAGCAGCUCCAUUUUAUAUUCCGGAUUCUCGGAACCCCAACUGAAGAAACCUGGCCUGGAAUUCUCUCCAAUGACGAAUUUAAAUCGUACAAUUAUCCCAGAUAUUCCCCAGAUCCCAUCCAGAAGCACGCAGCCAGGCUGGAGUCAGAUGGAGCUAACCUGCUCUCCAAACUAUUACAGUUGGAGGGCAGGAGGAGGAUCUCUGCAGAGGAAGCAAUGAGGCAUUUCUAUUUCCAGGACCUUGGAGAAAGGAUCCACAAGCUACCAGACACUACUUCCAUCUUUGCACUGAAAGAGAUUAGUCUCGAACCAGAGACCAAGCUCAGACCUGUCCCCGAACCAGUUCACAUCCAGUCACGUAGACUCAGCCUGGUCCUCGGGUGAAUGGAAGAAUGUGGUCUUCACUAGAAGAUUGUGAUCUUGACGGCUGGAAGAAAAAUGAGCCGGGCAGUGCCUGACAGACUGCUCUCUGUGCCCGCAGCUGGUGGACAAGUGAACGUGGAUAUUAGGCAGUGCCAGCAUGGGGCACAUAAGAUACCCAUAUUAUCUCUCCCAGUACGGACACUAUGUGCUGAUUUGCUGCUGUCCCUUUCAGGGACCCCUCCCACACUCCCUGCCGUGUAAUGCUGUGCUCUUGCUGCCCCUCCUUCCUAUGUUACUUCGUGUGUGCUUAUUCUAUCCUUUACGCUCGGGCGCUGCUGAGCUCCACUAUAUAAAGGACUCGUGUGUUGCCCUGAGAUGUUAACUCCCACAACCCUGGACAUUCUCCAUGACAUUUAUACCUUUGUCCAGCAAGUGGCCUGGACCUGUUGCAACAGAAGUGAUGGAGACGUUUAGAUGAAGGAACAGAAGUUUUGUAUAAUGUGUGAGUGCCAGAGGGGGGUGGAUAAAGGCUGUGCGGUAUCGUGGUAGAGAAGGAAUGAAGCCUGGAAGGGAGAGGAGGGGUUUAUGUGAUGUCUUGCACAGGAUGAAUUCCUGGAGGGGGUGUUAAAUCACAAGAGUUCUCUCUGCAAUUCAGCAGAGGCCCAUGUCACCCUCGGUCCUGCUCUGUUUUAGGCUCUUGUCAAACUUCACUCUGGGGGCCCAAGUCUGGCAGAUGUGGGUUCUCUAAAGGAACAUUAACUGUAUUUUCUCAGGAAUUAAGAAGCAGCGCUCUGAGUGAGGCAGUCAGUGUUAGAAGGGGGUCAUUAGACCAGAUAAAGUGAUGGUGUAGGCAGGGACAGGUGCUGGACUUUCCAAAUCCUGCUUGCUCACAGGCCCCAUGUUUAAUGCUAUGGAGGCUGUACUGCUGUACUCCCUACCCUGUAAUGAAGGUAUUAAAUUAUUUGUUUGCUAGUCAGGGAAGAGUAAGGCAGGACUGAAUCCCUCUCCCUGCUACAUAUCAACUGUAUGAACUAUUACAAUAAAAACACGAAAGCUGUA